UCAGUCAGAGGUCACAUGGCGACCCCUCACGUGACGCGCCGGGGUUCUCCGCACGUGACCCCGCUGGGCAAAAUGGGGGCGCCCAGCGCAGCGGUUGGCAUGGCAACGCGGCCUAAGGCUUCCCUGCGCCUCCUGCUGGGUUUGUUUCUACUCCUUCUGCCGGCGCUGGAAGAAGGGUCGCCGGCCGCUUACAGGACUCUGCAGCCGGACUUGGAAGAGAAAUAUUUUGAGCAAUGGUUGGAUCACUUCAAUCUCCAAACCUACAGCAACAAAACCUUUCUGCAGAGAUACCUCGUGACGGAGAAAUUCUGGGGAAAUGGAACCGGCCCCAUCUUUUUUUACACCGGGAACGAGGGAGACGUCUGGGAAUUUGCUCAGAACUGCGGCUUCAUCCUAGAACUGGCGGAGCAGCAAGGAGCCCUGGUCGUCUUUGCAGAGCAUAGGUACUAUGGGAAGUCCCUCCCAUUUGGAGCAGCGUCGCUGCAAAGGGAGAACGCGGGUCUGCUGAGCGUGGAGCAAGCCCUGGCCGACUACGCCGUGCUGAUUACGGAACUGAAGGGAGAGUACGGGGCGCAGGACGCGCCGGUCAUUGCUUUUGGAGGCAGUUAUGGUGGGAUGCUGAGCGCAUACAUGAGGAUGAAGUACCCCAACGUUGUCGCCGGUGCACUAGCUGCCAGUGCCCCAGUUCUCUCUGUGGCCGGGAUCGGAAACUCCAACCAAUUCUUUAAGGAUGUCACAGCGGAUUUCCAGAACUACAGCCCAAACUGUGCCCAAGUUGUGCGUGAAGCAUUCCAGCAAAUCAAAGACCUGUACCUGGUUGGAGCUUAUGAAGAAAUCAGCAGCAGGAUGUCUACUUGUGAGAAGCUUUCCUCCAAGGAGGACGUCUACCAGCUCUUUGAGUUUGCCCGCAAUGCCUUCACUAUGUUGGCCAUGAUGGAUUACCCUUACAAGACUGAUUUUAUGGGCCACUUCCCUGCCAAUCCUGUCAAGGUCGGUUGUGAGCUGAUGCUGGCAAACAAGGACCCAGUCAGAGGCUUGGCAGCUCUUAGUGGGUUAUUCUACAACUCCACCGGGACCACUCCAUGUUUUGACAUUUACAAGCAAUACCGGAAAUGUGCUGACCCAACUGGCUGCGGCACGGGCUCCAAUGCCGAGGCAUGGGACUAUCAGGCAUGCACCGAAAUCAACUUAACAUUUGACAGCAACAAUGUGACUGACAUGUUCCCAGAGAUCCCCUUCACCGAGGCUGCUAGAGACGCAUACUGCUCCUACAAGUGGGGGGUCCACCCCAGGCCUUUGUGGCUGCGGACCAGCCUCUGGGGCAGUGAUUUGGCCGCUGCAACCAACAUCAUCUUCUCAAAUGGAGACCUGGAUCCCUGGGCAGGCGGUGGAGUCAGAAAGAGCCUGAGCUCCUCGUUGAUCGCCAUCAUGAUUGUGGGAGGUGCCCAUCACCUGGACCUCAGGGGUUCAAACCCAGCCGAUCCGCCCUCCGUCAGAGAGGCUCGCCUCCAGGAAGCAACCAUCAUCCUCGACUGGGUGAGAUCAGCCACUAUCAGGGGAGCCGGGGAUGGAACUGGGUCCUUGGGAGGCUUUAGCGGACGGACCCCCCCGCCGCUCUCGUGCCCACCUGUGACGGGAGUUUAGGAUGCCACAUGUGGGUGCCAAAACCAGCUGGAUGUACUGGUGAGUGCUGGAACACUGAGAAGGAAGUUGCGGAAGAGCUGGCAACGUGUCCAGCCAAGGCAGUGACACUUUCAUGCCACAGGUUGCCAAUGCCAAAAUAAAGGUGGAAACAGCCCAUUAGGAGCUCUGUUCCCCACUUUGUAUGAAUGUUCUGGAUGUCAGAGAUGGCACAUGCCCUCUUUGGCCAUGGCAGUGUCCAGUUCCAGUAUUACAAGUCUGGUCUUUCCUACUCCUGAUCCAUUUCUCUCAAGAAGCCAGGUCUGUUGCUACUGACUGUUCUUAAUUACGGACUGAGGCUCUUAAACUCAGCUUCAUUUUUUAACUAGCCAACUUGUUACUUGUUACAAAGCAAACUUUGACUGUGGAGACGCCAAAGACAAAGGCUAGAAACAACCAUUUCGGUUAUAAUUAAUUUUGGCUUGCAGCCCAGGAUGCGGGGCAAAAGAUAACAGUACGCCAAUUAUUCAGUUCUCUUGUUGGCCAAAGUCACUCUGAAUAAAGUGGAAAAGUACUGUUUGAAGAUG